AUGAAGUCGGUGGGAGACAACAAGUCACGCAUUGUCGUUGUGGAGACGAAGGCAGGAAAGAAGAACAGUUUGAAUGAGGUUUUGCACGAUGAUACAGUGAUGAACUUGAUCAAGGACACCCGAGCUGUGAUGGAAAUUAGGGCUUUCAUGGAGUUUGUGGAUUUGUUAUCCAGCCAUUCGGAUCGUGCAUGUUAUGGUACAAAGAGUGUCGAGGCGGCUCAUGAACUUUUGGCGAUCGAAACGCUCUGGAUUACAGAUGAUUUGUUUAGGAAUGCUGAGAUUGCAACGAGGAAGAAGUAUAUAGGAUUGGUUAACGCAGUGAAGAAUGCUGGAGGAAAUACUUUCGUGCUUUCGCCGAACCAUGUGUCCGGUGAAGAACUGGCUAAGCUCACCGGUAUUGCAGCCACAUUGAGGUUUCCCGUACCUGGUCUUGAUGAUAUGGAAAUCUAA